CAUGGGCGCGUCCGACGCGCUCGUGGCGCGGUUCGUCAGCGAAGGCGCGGGCGCGAGCGGCCAGGACGCGGUGGACCUGAUCACGCGCGCGACGGGCGCGCCGGGUCUCUACUACUUCAGCGAGCUCCUCGAUCUCCCCGGGGUGAAGCAGCUCGAAGGCACCGCGCACGAGCCGCACCUCCGCCUCCUCAGAUGCUUCGCGUGGGGCACGCUCCCGGAGUACCGCGCGGACGCGCGCCUCCCUCCGCUGACGGACGCGCAGCUCGCGAAGCUCCGAACGCUGACGGUCGUGUCGAUGGCGACCGAGCAUAAGACGCUCGCGUACGCCGAUCUCGCCGCCGCGCUGGAGAUCUCCUCCGUGCGAGCGCUGGAGGACUUGCUCAUCGACGAGUGCGUCGUCACCGGGCUCGCGCGAGGCAAGCUGGACCAGCGCGCGGAGCGCUUCGAGGUCCUGGGCGCCGCGGGGCGGGACGUCCCGCCCGAGCGGUUCGACGCGCUCGUGGACGCCGUCGCGGAUUGGCGCGAGAACGUCGCGGGCGCGCUGUCGGGUCUGGACGAGAAGAUCGCGUGGGCGCGGCGGGACAUCGAGGAGCGGGAGAGGCAUAAGGCGGCGCACGCGGAGAGGGUGGAGGCGGUGAAGAAGACGGUCAAGACGGACGCCGAUCGCGGCGGCGGCGGCGGUGGUCACGGCGGCGGCGGGGGCGGGGGCGGCGGCGGUCACGGCGGCGGCGGCGGCGGCGGCGGUCACGGAGGCGCGGGAGGAGGAGGCGGCACGAGCGAGGACGACGGCGUCGACCUCAUGGACGAGGACUUCAGGAGUGGCCUAGGGACGAAGCGACGACGGUAGACUAGAAGAAGACGCGACGCGACGCGACGGCGACGGCGAAGGACGAACGAACUCGAAUC